UUUUGAUGGCCUAUACAAAAAAUAUCGAGUCUCCUUCUUUCGGUCUUCAGACGCAUGCGCACAGACAGUAAACAGUGCAGCAUGUCGUCCAGUGAGAGGAAGUGUAGUGGAUAGAUAGAUCCAGAAUUUUGACAGAUUCUGUAAGAAAAGAGGUAAAAAUAAAAUGAGCUAAAACUAAUAUGUGAAAUAAAAUUGACCUUGCGAUCAGUAUGACUGUUGGAAAACAAAAGGCUAGGAGAAACGAUUAUAACUCAGUGGCGGAUCUAGCUAGGAUUUCCGAAGGGGAAUGAGAAAGUCAAAUAUUAGCCAAAGUAAUCGGCUUUCUGGGUGCAAAAUUUGGAUUUUCACUCACAAUUUGUGGCGAGAGGGAGGGGGAUCCUGCCCCUCCCCCCCCUCCCUAAAUCUGCCAUUGGGACUAGCCGCGAAGACACUGCUUUUUAAAAGUAAACUUGUGCUAUUUUUAUCUGAACACACACGUGUUAGUUGUAAAAACAUCGGUCAAUUGGAACAUGGAAGGGCUUCUGUUGAAACAAUGAUUUAUAUAAUUACUUAUUAUAAGGAGCAGGGAAUAAUCUUAUACUUGAAAGGUGAGUGUGGACCCCCUUGAAGGGGAAUUUAAAUAAUUUCCUACACAACAACUUUGCUGUCAUUCAAAACCACGUGAUGUAAAUAAGCAUUCAAUAGUCCGAGUCAGCAUGAAGAAACCUUUGAAUUCCGGACGAUCUUCAAAGCGCAUUUGAGAGUAAAUUGAUGCAAUUGUUCAAAAUUGUCAGUAUCGAUAUGUCAUUUAUCAUUUUAUAAAUACGUGUUCUAAAAAACACUUUAUUAAAAUUCUUUUUUUUUUUUUUUUUUUUUUUUUUACUUCAUCAAUUAUUCUACAUACCCUUAUGAAAUGAUAAUCACUCUUGGGGGUAUAAUUAACCCCUAAACCCAUGAAAAUUAUUUUACAUUUACUAGCUAAUGGUUUUUGUUUUGUCGCAUGUGCUAUUAGUUUAGUGACGUCAAUUCGUUAUGACGUCACUCAGUUACGUUAAUCCAACGCAUUUUAAAAAUCCAGAUUUAGAAUGAGUGGAGACUUUACCCUAGAAAAUCAAUGUUUGCCUUUAGUAGACAGAACCAACGGAAAAUAUACGAAGUACGUUGACAAGGAAGAGAGUGAUGGGGUGUUUAGUUUGAAGUCAGGGAUGAGCGUAGGAGAACGACUGACGGUAAGAGAGAAAUUACUAAAACGAAGGCAAAGGAUCGUGGAUGUUCAACUCGCAAUGGCUCUUCUUGGUUUCAUAUUGAUGCUUGUGGAAAAUGAAAUGUAUUUUCUAGGAUAUAUCACAAAAUCUUCUACGAUGUCCGUUGUCCUAAAAUCUCUGGUGUCAUUAUCCACCGUUGUGCUGCUUGCCGCCAUUAUUGUUUAUCACAUGACAGAAAUAAAACUGCGCAUGACAGAAAAUCACUUAAAUGACUGGAGAUUGGUAGUGACAUUCCCUUACACCUACUUUCAGAUUUUUCUUGAAUUAAUGAUAUGCUUUCCUCACCCUUUGCCAUUUGAUACUUCUUUUCGAAUCUCUGGACUAAAAGGUCAAACGGUUUACGCUUCAUCUGAUGCGCUCAUGUCAAUCUUAAUGAUUUUACGUUCUUAUCUGAUUGGCAGAAUGCUUGUAGUUCACAAUAAGUUUAUAUCAGGAACAGCAACACAGGGCCUGGGGGCUUUGAACAAAGUCAAAAUUGACGCAUUUUUCCUGUUCAAAGCACUAAUGUCAUCAAAUCCCGGAAGCGUUUUAAUAGUCCUUAUGAUUUUUAUAUUACUCGUCAACUCAUGGGCCAUGAGAACCUGCGAGACUUUCUAUCAACUGGAGAAAGACAACUCGGACUACUGGAAUAUGAUGUGGAUGGUAUCAGUGACAUUUCUAACUAUAGGAUAUGGUGACCUGUACCCCGUUAGUCUCUGUGGACGAUUCGUGUCCGUGGCCACUGGUCUGAUGGGUGUCGGGACCACUGCGCUUCUAAUCACUGUGCUAGCUCAUAAAUUAGAACAGACACGGGCUGAAAAGUACGUAUACAACUUCGUCAUGAGGGCACAGAGAGAUAAAGAAAAGAAAAUGGCCGCCGCUGACGUCAUCAAGAACUGGAUACAUCUAUGUCGUCUGAGAAGAUGUAAUAACGUUAUUGAUGACAAGCAAAUUCGCGUACAUGGUAAACUACAACAGGCCAUACGUGUCAUGAGGGAAGCACGGAACCAGCAAGAUUCCAUCGGGGAGUCUACCAUUGGAUUCAUCGAGAUAAGUAAGGUGAUCAGAGAUGUAGAGCAGAAGACAGAGGCGGUGCAACAAUCCAUGAAGGACGUGAAGAACGAACUGCUGCAAGUACAGAGGACAUCCAGAGACUUGCAGUUAAAGCUUCAUGAUAUACACCAAGUGUUGGUUUUCGGUCAUACAAAAUAAGCGAUUAUUUCUUGCGUUCUUUGACCACGGAAAUGCUGCACUGAGGAGCAAUGUUAGCCGCGCUUUCUUUGCUACAGGAUAUACCCAAAAAUUCAGCAAUUCUCCUCACAGCUUUCUCUUCAUCCUAAAGUGUGAUUUUCUA